UCGUAUCCUGGGCAUGAUGUACACAAACUAUAUCCGAACGGUGAUUGAUUGAUAUCAAAAUAUUGUUUAAUUUGUUGUGACGUAGAUUUUUUAGUAAUGGCGGAUUCAGAAGAUCAACCUGUAUUAUUAACAGAAGGAAAUUUUGUUCAAGAAGAUGCCGAGAAAGAUUCUAGUGACCAAGUUGUGGAUUCCACAAAUGAAGCCACUGAGCAGGACGGUGGAGCGAGCGGGGACAUAGUCGAGCACCCCCCCGCAACUAGCCCGGCGCCGGGCACACUUGUAGCCGAUGAUUUACGUCCUUCAACUGCUCCAGAACCUGGCCUUUCUUCAGGCAGCCUUCAAGAAGUUGAACGUUCUAUUACGAAAGCUGUAUCUGAUACUCUAUUGCCAGGUAGUGUCAAUGAUGGGGAAGAAGAAGGGGACGGCUUUAAUGUAGCCUUACAGCCAGACACUCUGAGUGAUAGACUUGAUCAACUUCCAUAUGACUUGGGAGAUGAUGUUGAAUACAUGGCGCCACCAGAGGAUCCAUACAUGCGAGCAGUCAACUACAUGGAGAAAUACAAAGUUAUGCAGAUAUUCCAGAAACUAACGGCUGAAAUUGUGUAUCACAGACCUGAUCCACUGGAACACAUGCUGUCUGAACUGCAUAAAAUGAAGAAAGAGAGAGAUGCUCAGGUUGAAGCCAUCAUAUCAUCAGCAUCAAAUCAUUCACUGGAUGUCUGAUUUACCUUCAGAACCAUCUUGCCUGAGGGAAGAGUUUUAGAUCAUGAAAUGCUGAUAUUUAAAAGAAAGAGCUGUACUGCUGAUAUCAUGGAGAUCAUAGAUGAACAGUAGUUUACAGGAAUUGUCUACCUUUGACUGAGAAUAACUUCUUGGUUUAUUUUUUACUAAUCAUGGCAUCGUAGUUUGAGCUAGUUUUGUGAGAUUAGUUAUUUGCUAUUACUCUGUAAUAUGCCAGUGAUAUUGCGAAAGCAUCCACAAAAUCGCCAUUGGUCUUAUAAAAGAGGGGGAAAAUUCAUUAGCAUAAGCCCCAGUCAGCAUACUCUAUUGAUAUAUCAUGGUGUGAAAGAGGCAGUUGCAGCUUUGUAAUCGAGCAAAAUAGAAAAUCAUAUGGAAAGAGUAACUUGAAAAAGAAUUUUUAUGUGAAGUUUUGGUGAUCAAGGACAAGGUGAUGUCUCAUUUCAUUCAAUUGAAAAAAAAGUUGCAUAAAACAAACAAAUCCCACCAUCUGGAUCAGUAUCUUUUUAAAAUAUCAAGUAACAAAGAUAUUGCUUGCUACAUGCUACUACUAGUAUUACAUUUGUGUGUCAAUUUUUAUAUUGCACAUUUACAGUGUAUAUGAUAUAUCUUUCAGUAUAUAGUCACAUUAUCUGUAUUAUGCAAGCAAAUGUAUUUAUUUUUUCUCACUAAUUGCUUUUUAUAUAGGCCUAUAGUUUGAUGUAACAGUAAGUUACAGUAUUAACAUUGCAUCUGUAGAGUUGGAUAUUUUCAGAGGUUUAUAAAAUGCAACAUUUUGGGGAAUAAGUAGAAAUUCAGUCAGUUAAGUAGAUUUUGUUUGCUAGAGAGUUGCUCUCAUUUUCCCCCAGAUUAUUCCAUGAUUAGGUGUUUUUGACAGAGAUUAAGAAUUCAAUGAAUUUGGAGUAUCCUGUGAUUACACUUUACGUGUUUUUGACAGGAAUGAAGGAUUCAUUAAGUUAAUUUCUUUUAUAACACUGCUUGUUGAUGAAAACAACCUAAUGGUCAUUCAUUAGUUUACAAACCUUCAUUAAACCCAAAACACUACAAGGUAAUUGGGAUAAACAAUGUCUUGUUUUUUUACAUGAAGCAAAAUACAAUUUGAUUUCAGAUUCACAUAAAUAGCUUAUGAGUCAUUGUUGUAAACAAAUACACGACUCUGUGACUUAGGGGCCCUCAUUCUUUUGGUAAUGAUACAUCAAGAAAAAAAAAAAGAAGCAAAGUACCAAAGCAAUACUGUGUCAAUUUCUGCAUGGAAUAGUGUACUGCUGUGACAAGUAACAAUAUUUAGUUGUGGCGAAAGAGGUAAUUUGUGCUUCUGAUGUAAAAAAUGUAGUAUAAAAUGGGGUGAAUAGGGACAACAAUUUAUUAGUCUUCUUCUCCCUAGAAAUGUUUUUUGAUUCAUGAGAAAUUAAAGGGAAAUAUUAUGAAAAUGCACAAUAUUUAUUGGGCUAGUAAAUUACAAUUUCUGGUAUCAAAUAUGUCAAUCAUCCAAAUAUCACUUGCAGUUUUUUUAUAGAAAUGGGUUCAUGAAUCGUGUGGAUAUUAUUUAAAGGGAUAGUGUUUUAAAUAGCACUGUGAUUGGAAAUUCGUCUUGGAAAGUUUGAUUCUUUCUAGAAAUUUAGUGGCAUCAUAGGUUUGAUUAAUUGAUUUUUAUACAGUAUUACAUUAAUUUGUAUGGAAUUUAGUUUGUAAUGCAACUGAAAUAUCCAAAGUCUUGCUUACUUCAUACUGCAAAAUUUUAUAUUGUGCCAUUCAAUUUGCUUUUGCUUUUAUCAUAAUUUUUUAGAUUGUGCCUGCUUUAUUUUAUUUAAGCAUACAAUGCUGGUUCGAAGAUUAUGAUGUAAGUUAUGAUGUGUGCAACUUUUUCAUAAUGGAAAAGUUAUUUUGAAUAAAACAUUGAUUCUAUUUACCAAAGUAA